CAUGUGCACAGGCGGCCGCCGGCGGUUCGGAGGGGAGGCGCCAUUUUGGGCCUGUUCGGGUCUGGCGGUGGCGGCGGUGUCCGGAGGUGGCGGAGCCUUAGCGGCGAGCUCUGCUCUGGGGCUUUGCCCCGCCGCCAGCCGCGAGGGCCUGGUGGGGAGGCGGGGCCGGGCCCGCCAUGGAGAGCGAGUACUACGGCGGGGACCAGUCAGAUGAUGGUGGAGCUACUCCAGUGCAAGAUGAGCGAGAUUCGGGAUCUGAUGCUGAAGAUGAAGUAAAUGAGCAGCAUUCUGGAUCUGAGAAUGGAAGUGUAGGGCAUCAGUCAGAGAAUGAACACAGUGAUGGAGAAGAUGAUGGGCAAGUGGGAGAGCCUCAUAUGACAGACUCUGAAAAUGAAGAUAUUUCGAGGCAAAAAGACAGUGACUCAGAUAAUGAGGAGCCUCCAAAUCACAAUGUAAGCGAUUCAGACAAUGAAGCAGCUCAUGGAGGGAAAGACAGUGAUUCUGAUGCCGAGGACCGUGCAAAUCGACAUUUAAGUGACUCUGAAAAUGAGGAUGCCUUAAAUCAUCGAGUGAGUGACUCUGAAAAUGGAGAACCUCAAAGGGAUCAGAGCAGUGAUUUUGAAAAUGAGGAAUCACAAAAGCAGCCGGCCAGCGACUCGGAGAGCGAGGAGCUCCGCAAGCAGCCGGCCAGCGACUCGGAGAGCGAGGAGCUCCGCAAGCAGCCGGCCAGCGACUCGGAGAGCGAGGAUGUUUCUAGGCGCAAACAAGAAAUAGAGUCUGAUGAUAGUGAUGGAGAGGACAGGAAGGAGGAGGUGCAGAAUGAGUCUCAUCAUUCUGAUAAUGAACCUGUGAGAGAAGGAUUUCAGGGCUCUGACAGUGAAGAGGACGGUCCUAAAAGACGAAAAAUAUCAGACAGUGAUGAAGAAGAAAAAGAGGAGGAGAAGACAGUGAAAAGGAAAACAGCCGUACUUUCUGACAGUGAAGAUGACAGUGAGAAAACACCUGCAAAAAAAGUACGAGUUCUUUCUGAUGUUGAAGAAUCAGAUAGUGAUGUUGCUUCAGAGAAAUCUGACAAAAGGAAGAAAAAUGCUGUGUCAGACAGUGAAGAAGAAGAAGAAAGAAAAGAGAAUGCUGGGAAGAAAAAAGAAGAGAAAGAUCUAUUUGGAAGUGACAGUGAAUCUGGAAAUGAGCAAGAGAACCUGAUUGCAGAUAUAUUUGGAGAAUCUGGUGAUGAGGAAGAAGAGGAAUUUACAGGUUUUAACCAGGAGGACUUGGAAGAAGAGAAAGCUGAAACAGACAUGAAGGAGACAGCAGAUGAGUCAGAUUCUGAUGAUAACAUCAAAAGAGGGAAGCAUAUGGACUUCAUGUCAGAUUUUGACAUGAUGCUGCAACGAAAGAAGAGUAUGAGUGGCAAGCGCAGACGAAACCGUGAUGGUGGGACUUUUAUUAGUGACGCAGAUGAUGUGGUCAGUGCGAUGAUUGUUAAGAUGAAUGAAGCUGCUGAGGAGGAUCGACAGCUGAAUACACAAAAGAAACCAGCACUAAAGAAAUUAACUUUGCUACCAACUGUAGUUAUGCAUCUUAAAAAGCAGGACCUCAAAGAAACUUUCAUUGAUAGUGGUGUUAUGUCUGCUAUCAAAGAGUGGCUUUCUCCUCUUCCAGACCGAAGUCUUCCAGCACUAAAGAUACGAGAAGAACUUCUGAAGAUCCUGCAAGAGCUGCCCAGUGUGAGCCAAGAGACCCUGAAACACAGUGGGAUUGGACGAGCUGUAAUGUACCUUUACAAACACCCCAAAGAGUCGAGACCUAACAAGGAUAUGGCAGGGAAGCUAAUCAAUGAAUGGUCUCGACCCAUCUUUGGCCUUACUUCAAAUUACAAAGGCAUGACAAGAGAAGAGAGGGAACAGAGAGAUUUGGAACAGAUGCCUCAGCGGAGGAGAUUGAGCAGCUCUGGUGGUCAGACUCCUCGAAGGGACCUGGAGAAGGUGUUAACAGGAGAGGAAAAGGCACUCCGACCUGGGGACCCUGGAUUCUGUGCCCGUGCAAGGGUGCCAAUGCCCUCCAACAAGGACUACGUGGUCAGGCCAAAGUGGAAUGUGGAAAUGGAGUCCUCCAGGUUCCAGGGGACCUCUAAGAAAGGGGUGAGUCGGCUGGACAAACAGAUGCGGAAAUUCACAGAUAUCAGGAAAAAAAGCAGAUCGGCCCAUGCGGUGAAAAUCAGCAUUGAGGGCAAUAAGAUGCCAUUGUGACCCUUCACAGAAUACCCCAUGACCUCUGCUGUAAGACAUACACCCAUAGACUCUUUGGAGCCCUUUAAAUUUUUUAACAACUUGUUUGGGUUUUUUAGUAAAUCUUUAAUUUGUUGGUUCAGAUUCUGGUAUAUAAGAUGUUGUCUGAGGACUGUGAAUAUGGGGACUACUUUCUCCUGAUUGUAUUUAAACUUGCUCUAUUGUGUCCUUUGUACAGAUCAAGUAUUUGUUGUAUUGCAACACUUUAGACAAUAAAACAUCCUUCUGUUUUU